AUGGCGGAAUACAAGAGGAUCCAUUAUUGGAACCAAUUGCAAGCGGCUCUCACGGCUGGUCACUGGGACUCUUCGACACCCGGUAAGACUCCGAAGGGCUCGUUUCUCCCUUGGUCCGAGCUUCUUCGCAAGGCAAAAAAGCACGCAAAACAAAAAGAUGUACCUGAGGCUGCCUCUCAGACAUACUACCUCUCAUUACUCCUUUGUACGACGAAGAAACCUUCAAAAGAACUGGAUGUAAAGGAUUGCCAUGGAGUCGAGAAGUUCUGGUUGGGUGACGAAUGCGUCCUUCUCGAGGAACGGAGAGAGGACGCGCUGAAGGCAUAUGAAGGCUUGCAGCAACUGGAUUCCUCUGAAGAGUAUGUGAAGCAGUCAUUGGCUUUCUUUGCUUAUGCUCUCGGCCGGCCUUCAGAAUGUCUGGAGUACGUUUCAGGUCUUGCAUUCGCGGACCGCUUGAUCUCCGAGAAACCCACCGUCCUUGUCACUUCUGUAGAUGAGAAAUCUGAGAAAUCAUCGAUUCCCCCGGUAUCCUCAACGCAGAUGGAAGUGAAGAACAGCGAUGCAUGGUUCCUUAUGGAGGCACUUCGCACAGUCUGCUUAGAAGGCAUGGCGCAUGAACGAAUAUCCCCGGGUUCACCAUCACAAGCCCUAGCUUCUUAUGACAAGGGUAUUCAACUUCUUAAUUCUGUAUCUGUUCCAAAGUCUCUGCCUCAACCAGGUCGAACAAGCUUUGAAUCCUUCAACAAGUAUAUUGAGUUAUGGCGCUGGACGGAACGCCUUCUAUGGCGUAGCGUCAUCCUCUCUGCUAGGCAUAGGGAUAUCGAAAGUACUCUGUCCGUGUUCCGAACGUAUUCUAUCCAUAGCGUACAUUGGCCACCCAACUUCCGGUCUGAACACCGAUCCUCGAUUUGUACCUUGUAUCUGCGUGCGCUUAUUCUUGUAUCUUCGCAACCGACAUUGUUUCAGAGCAAGAGUGCAUGGUUGGCUGAGAUGCGGGGAGUAGUCCUUGAGUAUCGCGCAAUUUUGGGAGCAACAACGCAAUUUCCGAGUGCGGGAGAACGCAAUGUGCCUGUCGAAGAGUUUGUCGACUUCUGCGUUGCCGCUUGGGAAGCAGGUGGAUCAGCGGCCGAUCAGGCAUCCUGGGUUAUUGAUAUCCUUUGGUGGGCAACGCGUCUUACUUUCAACUCACCCCGUAUACUGCGUCACAUGGCUCGAUUGCUUCAUGUUUCUGGUGAUCACGAGCUCGCAAAACGCGUUACGCGAUUAUAUGUGCAAGUAGUCCGGAAAGCUCGUGAAACAGGGACAGUAAACGCAGAGGGUGAGGAUACCCACGAUGCCUCGGCGACUGAGCUGGAUGUUCUUUGGAUUCAGACAUUAGUGCAAGGUGCACGUAUGCUAUGCCGCAUUCCGGGUGGUGUGAAGGAAGCUCGUGACGCAGCCGAACUAAUCGGAUAUGCGCGGGAUCGUGUUGCGAACCUGGGCGAUGAGCUCGUGGCAAGCGUUGAUCUUGCCGAUGGUAUCUGCAAGUCUGUUCUAGCAAUAAGAGAGAAAGAUCCCGUCAGCAGAGCACCGCUUCUAUCAAUCUCGGUUGAGUUAUUGACACGCUCUGUGGGACGGAAUCCGACACCUUCGGCAUGCUUCCACGCCGCUGUUGCUCUCUCUCGACCUAUUCCAGAACGAGACCUCGAGAAAGCUGUUGAGCUAUGUAGACGAGCUGUCGAAGCAGAGCCAAAGGAAAUACGAUAUUGGCACCUAUUAGCCCUUUUAUCUGCGAAACAGGGAGAAUGGAAGAAGGCAAAGGGAGUAUUGGAAGCUGCGGUAGAGUUUGCAGAGGACGUAGAAACGCGAACGAACGUGGAUGAGCUGAAAAACAACGGCAUUGUUCCUAGGGAUUAUGGUUCUGCCAAUGGAGGUCAGACACCUACUGCCUCUGAUCCUCAGAUUGAAAAUAAUGAACGGAACGGGUUUACAAUGCCAACUUCGGCUUUGCACCGAAGUCUAAUUGACCCAGAUGCACAGGAUCUUCCGCCUGCGACAGAGCUCCUGAGAUCAAUACCGGACCACCCACCACCAACACAACGUGACAUCUUUGAGCAGGUUUUGCAAUUGAGAAUGACACAAAUCGCUAUUACCGAACUCAUUGAGGGACCGGAAAGUGUGGAGGCAUGUUGGCUCGAAGUUUUCGAGUGGUAUUCGCAGAGGCGUGACACACAAGGAGUAAGGCCCUCAAUGGAUGCUCGUCGAACUCCGAGUCCCGCGUAUCCAAGUUCUGUUGCACAAGGAUCAUUGCAAGGACAAAAUGCUGCUGUGGAAGGUUCAUCGGAUGCAAGUAUCUCUAACAAUCAUUCUGGAGCUUCUGCAUCAUCAGUAGAUAAUGUGACCGUUCGUUCACACAUCGGCACUUCCUUAGACAAUCCCACUGAAGUUCCACUUGCGGAGAAGGGCAAAGAACGACUUUCGGGUGAUUCUCAGCAUACCGAACGAGACAAAAAAGGAAAGCGAGUUCAGCAAAUGCUCAAAAAGCAGGUGCAUAAGCAGCAAGCUCGUAUCACUACGAUAUCGAAGAAGAUUGGACACGGAGUCUCAAAGAGUACUCCAAACCUCCAUCGGUCGAAUUCAACUCCCGAUCUACAUGCAAUGUUAGCUCAUGCAGGUCCCUAUCAGGCAUCAUCAAUACAUUCUCGAAGACGGAUAUCAUUUGGCUCGAGGUUAGCACGGUCAGAACGGGAACGUGAAGGUACUCUGCCAGUACCGUCUCCUCCACCACCCCCUAUCCCGUCAUCGGCACAGGAAGGCACAACUACUAUCCGUAAUGCUCGAGAACGAAGACUGCUGAGUGACUUAUGGCUCAUGUCAGCGGCAACUUUCAGACGUCUUGAGAAGCUCGACCAGACACGAGGUGCUAUCCAGGAAGCCGAGUCGCUGGAUGACCGAAACGAGGCAGUGUGGGUGCAGCUUGGUCUAUACUUCUCCACUCGAGGCGAGGAAGGCAAGGCCAUCGAAGCCUUCCAAAAAGCUCUAUUUAUCUCUUUGGAUGACAUACCCGCAACUAUUCAUCUUUGCCAGCUAUAUUUAACUUCUCGUUCGCAACUCAUUCGUUCCAGUUCCUACGGAGCAGUAGACAUUGCCGCUGGUAUGCUGGAAGCACUCACCCGUGGCCGGGGCUGGGAUGUCGCAGAAGCAUGGUAUCUUCUUGCGAAUGCUUACAGAAUGCAGGGACGGAAGGAUCGAGAACGGGAAUGUUUAAUAUUCGCACUCGGACUUGCAGAAGUUCGCGGCGUUCGCGAUAUAGGCUCAGCUAUUGGUUGGUGUUUAUAG